AUGGCCGACCAACAUGAUACUGUAGAUGACGGUCAAUUGCUUAAAAUUUUAAUCAAAAAAAGAGGAUCAGUAAAAUUUAGAUUAACUCAUCUAGUAAAACAGCUAGAUGCAGUUGAAAAGGAUAUUUCAAGUAUUGAAGAAUUGCAAUUUGUAGAAUGGAAACAAAAGGCCGAUCGUAUGCCUCUUUUGUGGGAUGAGUUCGCGGGGAUACAAUGUCAAAUUGAAUCGCUAUCAGACGAACCUGAUCAGUUUCAAGAAAGGGUUGAUUUCGAAAACAAAUACGAUAGGUGUUUGGCCAGGUUGAAACAGUUGUUGAAAAAAUCGUCAGAAGUAGAGAGCAUAAAAAGCGUCAAAUCUUGCGGUUCGAAUCAAACCAGUGCCAGCGUUAACGAAAGUAUAAAGUCUGAUGGCGGCUCAAAUAAAAGCGAAGUAAGUGCCCGAUCGCGAAUUACACACCAAAAUGUUAAUGAAAAUUUAAACGUGCGUCUUCCCACUAUCGACCUGCCAAAAUUUGAUGGGCGAUCAGACAAAUGGUUGGAGUUUAGAGAUACUUUCGAAUCUCUGAUCCAUCUCAAUGAUCACAUCACUGAUAUACAAAAAUUUCACUACCUGCGUGCAUCCUUAGUCGGUGAUGCCGCAAAUAUUUUAGUAUCCUUAGAGUUUUCAAGUUAUAAUUAUCAGAAUGCGUAUAAGGCUCUCAAGGAGAGGUAUAAUAAUGAAAAGGUGCUGGUGCAUCAGCACAUACAAGGCAUUUUCAAUAUAGAAAAAAUCAUGAGGGAAUCGGCAUCUGAGCUGAGGAAAAUAAUAGAUACAUUGUCUAAACACCUCAGAUCCAUUGUACAGUUAGGCCAACCAAUUGAUAAUUGGGAUGCGUUAAUUAUUUUCAUUGUAACUUCAAAACUGCCAAAAGUAACUAAUCAGGAUUGGGAAAAACAAAACAAAAAAUUCAGGGGACCUACUAUUGAAAAGUUUAGAGAAUUUUUAAUUGAUCGUGCUGACUUUCUUCAAACGAUUGAAUCGAAGAAUCAAGAAAAAGCAGCUGAGAAAUUUGAGAGUAAACAUAACAGAAUAGGACAAACAAGAGGUUUGUUAUCUGCAAAUGCAUCCUGUGUUGUGUGCAAAAAAAAUCAUUGGAUUUCAGGUUGCGGCAUUUUUAAUAAAUUAAGUGUCAACGAAAGAAUUGACAAGGCAAAACAACUACGUUUGUGUUUGAAUUGUUUGAAACCCGGACAUUUUAGUACCGUCUGCAGAGCAAACACUUGUAAAAGAUGCAAUUAUAAACAUCAUGUGCUAUUGCACAAAGAAACGUCGAGAAGCAAUUUGGCAACAGAGCUAGAAUCUGCUCAUUCCGCAAACGACGCUGGGGAAGCGCCGCGAAAUUCAAACGAUACGUUCGAACAGCCGUCAAAUUCAAACGGUGGGGAGCGCGCGGAAACGGCAUCAGUCGCGAUAUCAGUGUUCGGUUCCAAUAACUUCGUGUUGUUGUCCACCGCAUCUGUUAUAGUCCGGGAAAAACAUGGAAAAAGCGCAAUUGUCAGAGCGGUUCUUGAUUCGGGCAGUCAGUCAAGCUAUUUAACCUCGGAUGUAUGUGAUCAGUUGGGAAUUAAAAGGAAACAAUAG